ACAUCACAGUUACGAAAUUUACCGGCUGAGCCUACAAAAUUAUACAAAACAAAGGCGUUCAUCUUCUCCUGUUUAAUUGUCUACUGUACAACAAGAAAUGGCUGAUGCAAUUAUGAAGUUUGGGGUAGAGCCAUGGAACUUUGCAGAACUCGUUGAAGCCUUCAAACAGGCCCCGCUCUAUCACUUGGCAUUUGAGGUAAUUCUUGUUGUCUUCAUCAUCCGCCUGAUCUUCUCAAAAAGCUACUCAAUUGAGUCAACCGUCAAGCUGACAGAAGCAGAAAGAGAACAGCUCGUCCAGGAGUGGGAACCAGAACCCCUAGUCCCACCAGUAGACCCAAACCAUCCGGCGCUCCACUAUAAAGUCAUUACCAAGCAAGGCAACAACAAGCUUGUUGUGGAUGGCAAGGAAGGCAUUAAUGUUGGGACAUUCAACUUCUUAGGAAUGCUGGGAAGAAAAGAAACAGAGGAUGCAGCGAUACAGACUAUGAGGAAAUAUGGAGUGGGUACUUGUGGGCCAAGAGGGUUCUUUGGGACUAUGGAUGUUCAUCUUAACUUUGAAGAGAAGAUGGCUAAACACAUGGGGGUAGAGGAGGCCAUCUUGUAUUCCUAUGGCUUCUCAACCAUUGCCAGUGCCAUCCCGGCUUAUGCCAAGAAGGGCGAUCUUGUCUUCUGUGAUGAAGGGGUGAGCUUUGCUAUUCAGAUGGGCCUCUUAGCAUCUCGCAGCAAGCUCAAAUUCUUUAAGCAUAACAACAUGGCCGAUCUAGAGAGACUCUUACAAGAGCAAGCUGUAGAAGACAAGAAGAAUCCUAAGAAAGCUAAAGUGAUGAGGAAAUUCAUCGUAGUAGAAGGGCUGUAUGUCAACCAUGGAACCAUUGUUGAUGUUGAGAAACUGAUUGAAUUGAAGUACAAGUACAAGGUGCGUGUCUUCAUGGAUGAGUCCAUGUCUUUCUUUGUACUUGGAAAGACAGGUCGUGGAGUCACAGAGCAUGCAGGUGUUGAUAUAACCGACAUUGAUCUAAUUUCAGUUUCAAUGGAAGCAGCCCUCGGUACUAUGGGAGGGUUUUGUCUUGGUACCAGAUACGUUGUUGAUCACCAGCGUCUGUCUGGGCUUGGCUACUGUUUCUCGGCCUCUCUACCUCCCAUGCUCGCUUCGGCAGCCAGCAUGGCAGUAGAUAUUACACAGAAAGAGACUGAUAUUUUCCAGAAGUUGAGGUCAAAUAAUGAAUUUAUUCAUGUACAGCUUUCAGGGUUGCCUGGUUACCGGUUGGAUGGUGACCCCAUCUCACCCAUCAAGCAUCUCAGGUUGGAGGAGACCAGUGGAGAUUGGCAGAAAGACCAAGCAUUCCUGGAAAAGAUUGUCGUCAGGGCAUUAGAUGAAGGUGUGGUGCUUACUGUCGCCAGGUAUCUAGAGGAAGAAGAAGCUUUCCUACCACCACCAAGCAUACGCAUUGCAGUCAACGUGACGCUGACCGAGGACCAGCUAACCAAGAUUACAUCAGUCAUCAGAAUCUUGGCGGCAGCAGUUCUCAGGGAGAAGUCAGAGGGAGAAUAGAGACUCAAUAAUAGAGAUAGAGGGAUAGAGACAGGUAGAGAGAGAGAGAUAUGGCAAGAUAGAUAUAUACAUGUACACAAAGAGAUACGGAGAGUGAUAGAGAGAGAGAGAGAGAGCAGGAGAAAAGGAAGGGAAGGGAAGGGAAGGGAGGGGAGUAUUCAGAGGUAGAGGGAUAGAAACAUGAAAGAGAGGUAGAUGGAUAGAGAGAAAACAUGUUAGUCCUUCUUCCAGUCCCAUGCACAUCAAAUUAUGUGUGCCUUUUGUUGUUGGCUAAGCAAUUGAAUUAUUGAUUAGCUUUGCUAAGCUUUCUUUUGUUCAUAAAGAGGUUGAACAUUACCAUGAAAACCUGGAUCUUUCACCUGAAGGCAUUAUGUUUGUUGACAUUCAAUUUAAUAGUUUCAUUCAUUCGUUCCUGACCUUUACCUUUGCUUAUUUGCAUCAUAUAAUAUCUCAGAUUUAAACAAAAAAUGAAAAUCUGAUUUCAUGUGCAAUAUCAUAAGCUUGAGGAAACCAAUAAAUAUUCUAAAAAAGAAUAAAACUCCGAUAAUACCAAACAACAACAACAACACACUAUCGAGUGGUCACAUUUCCCUGUGUCUGUCCGGGUCCUCCAUACCGCUAAGUUCACUCUGAGAUCUCGCACAUGGUCGCGUUAAACACAGAACCCUAUGAAGAAAUCCCAAUUCCUUGCCUGACAACCCUUUAACCUUUGCAUCCCCUGCCAAUGGGGAACUUUGUAUUUGAGUGGUGAAGUCUGUGUAAGCUAAUAAAAAAUGUCAAAGAAUGGUGUAUGUGUGAUCAAUUUAUCGCAGCUUUUAAAAUUUGACUGUCAUUUUAGAAUAAAUUGGUAACAUUUUACAUGUCAUGUGUGUACACCAUUAAUUUCUUAAUCGGAUUAUGUAUUAUCAGCGACCGAUUGUGAGUUCACAGUGUGACCUUUGACGUUGGGAAAGGGCUAUACAAAAGACAGGGAUGCGUGACCACUCCAUAUUGUGUAGUUUGCUCAAGGUAAUGAUAUACCUACCAGUGAUGAGUAAUUCAUGCCUCCCAACCUUUCAUGUCAUUCUUGUCUCUCCCAAAUCAUUGAAAAUGUAUUUUUGUGCAAGUAAUGAAGGUAGUUGAUUAAGGAAUGCAAAAACUGUGUGGCAUUCCGAUACUGAUUUUUUAAUUUAUUUUGAUAAAUGAAACAGAGGGAUUGUGUAUGCAAUGUAUUAGUAAUCUAGCACUACCCUUAUUUAUUCAACAGGCCUUAUUAUACGGUGGUAAUAUUGAGUUUGCAAUUAAGGUGUCCAUGUAUUCUAUGAUCUUCAAUUCAAAAAGAUUAAUUUAAUAUCAUUAACAUGUCA